AUGGCUGUUAUGGGCCCUCUUUCGCAGAAGGUGAUAGCGCAGGAAGUCCCCGAGAACGACCGCGGCCGCAGCUUUGGAAUCUUGCACUUUUUUCAAUCCUUCGGCAGAGUCGUUUCUCUAACCAUUACAACGUCCGUAUCCGGACUAAGCAUUUUGAGCAUCAAAGGAUGGAGGCAUGCAUUAGCCGGUUUCGGCUUAGCAUCGAUAAUUCUUGGAAUCAUACUCGGAUGUCGUGUCACAGACUGCCCUCACCAGCGCAAAAGGCAAAAAGAGCAGGGUCGCUGGUUCUCGCUCCGUGACACUGCAUACGUCUUCUCAAAUGGAAGUGUCUGGGUGAUGCUUAUCAUGGGAGUGCUUAACGGAGUGCCUCGCUCUGCAAUUCACUUUUCUACGAUGUACUUCCAGUACUGUGGCAUUCCAGAUUGGUGGGCUUCUUUUAUCGUAUCGUCCAGCUGGAUUGCAGCAAUGCUGGUGGCGCCGUUGAUCGGGUAUACAGGGGAUCUUGUACAUUCACGAUACCCUAAUCAUGGUCGGCAAUGCUUGGCGCAGGUGUGCAUAGUCGUGCGGUGCAUCCUCAUGACAGUCAUGCUGACGUGCGUCCCGAGAGAAGCGCAUUCUAUUGGGAUAUUUGUCUUGCUGGCCGUCUUAAUUGGCUUUUUGGCCGGCUGGCCUGGAGUUGGCGUCAACCGUCCAAUCCUCACGGAAAUAGUUAAUCCAGAACAUCGUGCCACGACAUUUGCGCUGGUUUCAUGCCUUGAGGGUGUCGGAGCUGCUGCGCUGGGAGCUCCUAUAGUUGGCUUUUUGUGCGAGAACGUCUUUGGCUAUGUCAAGAUGACGUCGACGGGGCCUCUCAAGACACCAUCUGCGGCGCUGCGACUCGGCAACGCCCGUGCCAUAGCCUUAUCUAUGCUUUGCAUGACUGUUGGGCCUUGGCUACUCACUCUGGUGGCCUACGGAUUCCUCCACCUGACUUACAAAAUUGACAGUCGCCACGGUUCGGAAUCUGCAGCACGAGACGACGGACCUUCUCCCCUGUUACGGGAGGUCCAGGUUGGCGAAACGCCUCCCCUGGUAUCCAAAUGA